UUGAGAAAGGAUGCUAUUACUUUUCAAAUAUGACUGAAGACUGGAUGGGUGCAAAGCAGUUCUGUACUGAUCGAAACUCUUACCUGGUUAUCGUUAACAAUGACAACGAACAGGCUUUUUUGAAGGACAGUAAUAAACAGGGAAGGACAUACUGGCUGGGACUCAGCGAUGCAGUGGAGGAAGGGAAGUGGCAGUGGGUAGACAAUAGCCCAUAUUCUGUCAGCUUUUGGAAUCCGGGAGAACCAGGCAAUGAGAAUGAGGAGGAAGACUGUGUCAGCAUGAAGUCUACUGGGACGUGGGGCGAUUCCAAGUGCUCCCAGCUCAAUCACUGGAUCUGUGAAAGUACAUGGAUCUGCUGACCCACUUUUCAAA